ACGGCCAACGAAUUCAGUUUGUGUCGAGACGUUGUCGGUGGCACGUCGCAUCUGAAAGAACGCUCAUCUGGCAGAUACAACUAUACAUAGAGAUACGCAAAGUGCUAGACCAAAGUGAACCGUGUGCAGUUGAACAACAACUACAAAACAACUACAUAUAAACUAUAUACCAAAUAAUUCAACAAAGGCCAAAAAAGACUGUAUAAUGUCUUCCACAUCGGCCUCGCCCAUCAGCAACAUAACCGUGGAUGACGAGCUCAACUUAAGCAGAGAACAAGACUUUGCUGAAGAGGAUUUUAUAGUAAUCAAGGAGGAGCGUGAGACGAGUCUCUCCCCCAUGCUGACGCCCCCGCACACGCCCACCGAGGAGCCCCUGCGGCGGGUGCAUCCGGCGAUCAGUGAGGAGGCGGUGGCCACUCAAUUGCACAUGCGACACAUGGCCCACUACCAGCAACAGCAGCAUCAGCAGCAGCAGCAGCAACAACAGCAGCAGCAGCAGCAUCAGCAGCAGCAACAUCGCCUGUGGUUGCAGAUGCAACAGCAACAUGCUGCUCCCCAGCAAUAUCCAGUUUAUCCCCCUGCCACCGCCGAUCCCGUGGCAGUGCAUCAGCAAUUGAUGAACCACUGGAUACGCAAUGCAGCCAUUUACCAGCAGCAGCAACAACAGCAACAGCAACAGCAGCAACAUCACCAUCAUGGUCAUCAUGCUCAUCCCCAUCAUCCACAUGCCCAUCCCCACCACGUGCGUCCCUAUCCCGCUGGCCUGCACAGUUUGGUGGUUGGUCGCCACUUUGCACCCAUUCCCACGAUGAAAUUGGCUGGUGCUAGUGGUGCGCCCAGUGGUGUGGCCACCGGCAGCAGUCGCCCAAAGAAGCAGUUCAUUUGCAAGUACUGCAAUAGGCAGUUCACCAAGUCCUAUAAUCUGUUGAUCCACGAAAGAACCCACACGGAUGAGCGGCCCUAUUCCUGCGACAUUUGCGGCAAGGCCUUCAGGCGACAGGAUCAUCUGAGGGACCAUCGCUACAUUCACUCCAAGGACAAGCCCUUCAAGUGCAGCGAUUGCGGCAAGGGUUUCUGCCAAUCGAGGACUCUGGCCGUGCACAAGGUGACCCACUUGGAGGAGGGUCCGCACAAGUGUCCCAUUUGCCAGAGGAGUUUCAAUCAGCGGGCCAACCUGAAGAGCCAUCUCCAGAGUCACAGUGAGCAGAGCAGCAAGGAAGUGAUUGCUUCGCCACCAACUUCCUCGCACCAGCUGCCGCCAAACCAGGCAUUGAGCUCGCCUCAACCUGAGAAUUUGGCACAACAUCUGCCCGUGCUGGAUCUAUCAUCCUCAUCCUCAUCGUCUUCGAGCUCCGAGAAGCCCAAACGAAUGCUGGGCUUCACCAUCGAUGAGAUCAUGAGCAGAUAGAUUGGCCCGCAAGCAAACGUAAAACUGAUUUCUGUUAGGAAAUCCAAGAAGAGAUUCAGAGCCGCCAGGCAUGGGAAAUGCCUGGAAUGGAAAAUCCAAUCUUUUGCUGGCCAAAGGUGCACAGUGGUUACCAAAAAACCUCGCCAGCAAUUCGCAAUUCGCAAACCCAGUGAGCAGAACAGAACAGAACAGAGUCAUCCUCCAUGCAAUUGGUUUUUAAAUAAAACCAUAAAAUUGCAUUCAACAAAUGCCAAAGCCAAAUAGCAGAGGAAAACUGAUGAAAAAUCUACUAUAAAAGACAAGUAUUGCAAGCACAAAACAAUUCCAAAACACACACACGCACACAAUUGUAAACUAUAUACACUUAAAUAAAUAAUAUAUAUAAUUAUAACUUAAGAAUAUAUAAUUAUUGUACCUUAUAGUCGUAGUAGCCCAUUCAGUUUGUACAGUUUUAUGGAGUAAGAGUAAACCAAAUGUUAUGUUACAAUAGUUGAAAUCAAGCAAAACCUCAAACCCAUUUUGGUUAUUGAAAGACUGUUUUAAAUAUUAUAAUUAAAUUUAAAUUAAAAUUUAUUUGAAUAAAUCAAUCGAAGUGGAUUGUGUAAUGUUAAAACCAGCGAGUGUCAUGAUUACUUACUGUUUAGAUUAAACAACUUAAUUGUCGCUUUAGCAAAUGACUAAGCACAAAGAUACAACGAUCUCAUUGUCGUCUAUACCUAUAGUCUGUAUAUAGAUAUGUAUAAAAUAUUCGCAUUGAUAUGAAGCUAUCACAAAAAAUACUUAAAUAUAAA